UCUGCAGCCGUCGGACGCACACAGAAGAAGAGAUACUGUAUCAACAAUGUCUUCACCAUCAUCAACCCCUGGCCGUAAACGUGGAAGGAACACCAACCCUCCUACACCCAGCAGUGAAGGCCCCACCUCACCUCCAUCGCAGCGGCGCAGAGGUCAGGACUCGUCCAAUGGGGACCUGAUGCCCAUGCCCACGUCUCCGGCUACUGACAUGCUCAGUCCCGCUGUGCAGGACACUUCUCUGUUCUCCAGCCCACGACCAUCAGUUCAACCCACUGAAGUGGACAUGAGCUCCCCUCUGAUGUACGGGACUCCCAGUUCCAGAGUCGAGGGAACUCCCCGUAGUGGUGUACGCGGUACACCAGCCAGGCAGCGUCCUGAUCUGGGCUCAGUCAGGAAGGCUCCACAAGUCGAUCUUCACUCUGAACCGCCAAGUGCUGACGGUGCAGUCGCCAGCGAGCCAAAUGCGGGUCAGAAACUGGUCAUCUGGGGGACUGAUGUCAAUGUCGGGGUCUGCAAAGAGAAGUUUCAGAGGUUCCUGCAGAGGUUCAUCGACCCAACCUCCACUGAAGAUGAGAAUGCUGGUCUGGACCUGAACGAGCCUUUAUACAUGCAGAAACUGGAAGAGAUCAGUGUUGUUGGUGAUCCAGUGCUGAAUGUGAACUGUCUCCAUAUUCAGUCCUUUGAUGCAGAACUUUACAGGCAGCUCAUCUGCUACCCACAGGAAGUCAUCCCAACCUUCGACAUGGCAGUGAACGAGCUUUUCUUUGAGCGUUUCCCCGACUCCAUCCUGGAAUUUCAGAUCCAAGUCCGCCCCUACAACGCCCUGAAAACCAGAAACAUGAGGAGCCUGAACCCAGAAGACAUCGAUCAGCUGAUCACUAUCAGCGGCAUGGUGAUCCGCACCUCGCAGCUCAUCCCCGAGAUGCAGGAGGCUUUCUUCCAGUGCCAGGUGUGCGCCUUCAGCACCCGCGUGGAGGUGGAUCGCGGUCGCAUCGCUGAGCCGGCUGUUUGUCGCCACUGCAACACUACCCACAGCCUGGCGCUCAUACACAAUCGCUCCCUCUUUUCAGACAAACAGAUGGUGAAAAUUCAGGAGUCUCCGGAAGACAUGCCAGCUGGUCAGACUCCUCACACAACUGUUGUCUAUGCUCACAAUGACCUGGUGGAUAAAGUGCAGCCAGGAGACAGAAUAAACAUCACAGGUAUCUACAGAGCGGUGCCCAUGCGCCCGAACCCACGUCAGAGCAACGUGAAGUCUGUGUACAAAACUCACAUUGACACCAUCCACUUCCGCAAGACUGACGAGAAGCGGCUGCACGGUAUGGACGAAGACGCCGAACAGAAGCUCUUCACCGAAGACCGGGUGCAGACCCUGAAGGAGCUGGCAGCCAAACCAGAUGUCUAUGAACGCCUCUCCUCCGCCCUGGCACCCAGUAUCUAUGAACAUGAGGACAUCAAGAAGGGCAUCCUGCUGCAGCUGUUUGGCGGCGCUCGUAAGGACUUCAGUCAGACCGGCCGCGGCAACUUCCGCGCAGAGGUGAACAUCCUCCUCUGCGGAGACCCCGGCACCAGCAAGUCCCAGCUGCUGCAGUACGUAUUCAACCUGGUGCCCCGCGGACAGUACACGUCAGGAAAGGGCUCCAGCGCUGUGGGUCUCACCGCCUACGUGAUGAAGGACCCAGAGACCCGGCAGCUGGUCCUGCAGACCGGAGCUCUGGUGCUGAGCGACAAUGGCAUCUGCUGCAUCGACGAGUUUGACAAGAUGAGCGACAGCACGCGCUCUGUGCUGCACGAGGUCAUGGAACAGCAGACUCUCUCCAUCGCCAAGGCUGGAAUCAUUUGUCAGUUGAACGCCCGCACCGCUGUGUUGGCCGCCGCCAACCCCAUCGAAUCUCAGUGGAACCCCAAAAAGACUACGAUUGAGAACAUUCAGCUUCCUCACACACUUCUGUCCAGAUUUGACCUCAUCUUCCUGAUGCUCGACCCCCAAGACGAGGCUUAUGACCGCAGGCUUGCCCACCACCUGGUGGCGCUGUACUACCAGAGCGAGGAGCAGAUAGAGGAGGAGUACCUCGACAUGGCUGUGUUGAAGGACUACAUCGCAUACGCACGCACGUACAUAAGUCCAAGACUGAGUGAGGAGGCCAGCCAGGCGCUGAUCGAGGCCUACGUGGACAUGAGGAAGAUCGGCAGCGGUCGAGGGAUGGUGUCAGCCUACCCCAGACAGCUGGAGUCCCUGAUCCGCUUGGCAGAGGCCCACGCCAAGGUCCGCUUCUCUGAGAAGGUGGAGACCAUCGACGUGGAGGAGGCCAAGCGGCUACACAGAGAGGCCCUCAAACAGUCGGCCACUGACCCCAGGACAGGAUUUGUUGACAUCUCUAUUCUCACAACAGGUAUGAGCGCCACCGCACGCAAGCGUAAAGAGGACAUCGCUCAGGCUCUAAAGAAACUGAUCGAGGCUAAAGGAAAGACCCCUGCCAUGAAAUACCAGCAGCUGCUUGACGACCUCCGAGGACAGUCUGAAACUGCGAUCACUAAGGAGCUGUUUGAUGAGGCGCUACGGGCCCUGGCUGACGAGGAUUACUUGACAGUCACUGGAAAGACUGUUCGUCUCCUCGCCUGAGGCGCACCCUGCAAUUAUGUACAGUCCUUUAUUUUAAAUCUUAUCCUGUGUCAAGUUCUUUCAUGUGCUGUUAAAAAAAAAUAUGGUCUAAUGAAACCACCAUAUGUGUUCUGGAUGUCUCAGAUGUGUGAAAAUCCCUGGACUUUGGAGACAUGAUUCAGAUUUACCAGAUGACUCAUGAUUCAGACUUUGGUGUCCUGUUUAAAGAAAAGAAGAAGAAACCAAAACACAGAUUUACUGGCAAUUAAUAGAGCUAAUAUUUAAAAGCGCUUGUAUCUCAUUUGUUGACCCGAUGUCACGUAAUGCUCUUGCUGUUUUUGUGUUUGUGUAUGAUUAAAAAAAGCUCAAUGCAUUCAAUACUUUGUUUCUUUUCAACUUGUACAUUGUAAUCACUGAGUGUUAAUGUUACUU